CCAUCACUACAAUAAAUACAUACAUUCUUAGACUAUAUCAUAUAUUUUUCUCUGAAUCUCUUUUUUGCAAAAUCAAUUAAACAUGGGUGAGGCUCCUCAACUUCUCUAUGUUAAUGGUUUUUCAAAAUUUUGCCAUGAAACUCAACAAACCCAUGGCAAUGGUAUUCAUGAUUCCUCAUCAUGGUAUGAGGAAGUCAUUGAUGAUGAUCUCAAAAUAACUUCAUCAACCAUUUUUUUUUUAAUCUUCAACAGGGUCCUCCACAAAGGGGUUAGCAAGUACCAAGACAUAGCUCUUUUGGAUACAAAGCGUUUUGGAAAGGCUUUGAUGAUUGAUGGAAAGAUGCAGAGUGCUGAAUCAGAUGAGUUUAUUUAUCAUGAAUGCUUGAUUCAUCCCUCCCUUUUAUGCCACCCCAACCCCAAAAAGGUGUUUAUUAUGGGAGGAGGUGAAGGUUCUGCUGCUAGGGAAGCCCUCAAACAUAAGACAAUAGACAAAGUUGUCAUGUGCGACAUAGACCAGGAGGUGGUAGAUUUCUGUAGGAAAUAUUUGACUGUGAAUAGGGAGACAUUUUAUCACAGGAAGCUUGACCUUGUCAUCAAUGAUGCCAAGGCUGAGUUGGAGAAGAGAAAGGAAAAGUAUGAUGUGAUUGUUGGAGAUUUGGCUGACCCACUUGAAGAUGGGCCUUGCUAUCAACUCUACACCAAAUCCUUUUAUGAGAAAAUCUUGAAGCCCAAGCUCAAUGAUCAUGGCAUUUUUGUCACCCAGGCUGGACCAGCAGGUAUAUUCACACACAAGGAGGUCUUCACUUCCAUAUAUAACACAAUCAAACAGGUCUUCAACUAUGUGAUGGUAUAUUCCACUCAUGUACCAUCUUUUGCUGAUACAUGGGGAUGGGUUAUGGCUUCUGAUGAACCAUUAUCAAUUGGUGCUGAGGAAAUGGACAAAAGAAUCAAAGCAAGGAUAGAUGGAGAAUUGCUUUAUUUAAAUGGUGCUUGGUUCCAAUCAGCUGCUACCAUGAAUAAGACUGUUUCACAAUCGUUGAAGAACGAAAGUCACGUGUACACAGAAGAAAAUGCUAGAUUUAUUCCUGGGCAUGGUGUGGCUUAUCGUCUCUAAAGUUUGGAACUAUAAAUAUAGGGAAAUCCUUGCAUACUCUUUCAAAUACUGCAUUAGUCUAAAUUUAACUUUAGCGUGUGUUUGUAUUAGUCUAUUAGAGUAAAGAUGAGAGAAAAUUUUUCACAAGUAAAUUUCAUGUCGAUAAUUCUCUCCCAUUUUUACUCAAACCAAACGCAUUGUAAAGUUGAUCCGAGCCAACAUUCAAUUUUUGUAAUACAUGCAAUAAUAAUAAUGCAUGUGUUCAUUAGUGUUAGAGUAUGUAAGAAUUUGCUUGUACAGAUUUACAAAGGUUGAAGGGCUCAAAAUUCAAAUCAAUAAGCACAACAAAUAUCAAUCAAUAGUUUGGAAUUUGUUUCAAUUAAACUUCAA